CUGCUAUUGUGAAACGUCUCCUUUCCCACUUAACCAGACAAGAUGGUGUUUCCUGAGUGAUGAGAGGAGGGAGGGCGUCUGUUCUGCCUGGCACUGGAGCAGUUAGUGUAAAUAGGACACAGAUUAUCGAUCCAUGGCACCAGUACAUUCACUGUGGUGAUGGAGGCUUGACACGUACACGAGCUAUGUAACUAUCAUCAUCACUUCCCUGCUUCAGCACUGUGGGAGUCCCUGCUUUCUGGAGUUUCUGCCUCCACUUUGAGUCAGAACACCAUCUGUGUUCAGUUUCACCCCUGAAACCAACUUCAGGACCACUGGAAGUUUUUCCUCUAAGCUGGAUGAUUUAAACUUAAAAUGGACAACAUCGCAUCUACAGAAUGACAUGAUGAAACCAACUGUGGAACCUUCCAAACAAGCUGCCAUGAUGCUUUGACCAAAGUUGUCAGAUGGGAUGUAGGUGGAUGGACAGCGGCGCAACAAGCACAAAGCCUGGUUCUGUGACUUGCCAUGCCUGAGAUGCAGACCUUCUUCCACACCAUGCGUCGCUCCCCCAGCCUCUACCUGGACCCCACCAUCAUGCAGCGACGGGUCCUGGAGGAUCAGGUGGAGUUGUGGUGGUUCAAUGAGCCACGACGCUCCUUACUGUGCUACUGUGCCUCAGUCGCCCUCAUUCUGGGGUUGGGCCUCGGUGGCGUUGGCCUGCUCUCCACCACCACCAGCCUAUCUGGGGAAUGGCGUCUCGGCGUGGGCACCACCCUCUGCCUCCUGGCCCUCGCCGUUCUCCUCAAGCAGCUCCUCAGCUCUGCCAUCCAGGACAUGAACUGUGUGCGCAGCCGGCGUCGGAUCGACCAGCUGAAGAGUGGAGGGAGGGCUGACCCAGCGCUGAUUCUAGCCGUGGGUUUGGCAGUGACUCUGUGCGGGACGGUGCUGCUCUGUGUGGCCGCCGUCGGCACUCAGGGUCACGACAGCAGGGAGAUGUUGGUGUCUGGCCUGGUGCUGAUGGCCGCUGGGACGGGCAUGGCUCUGGCUGUGGUGGCUUAUAGUGUGCUGGUGUACCUCAGAAGAAGAAGGGAGCAGAGGAUGAGGAGGAGGAUGAGGAUGAACAGAGCGAGGAGGCUGGGGAGUCGAGCUGUCCGAGUGUUCAGUGUUUCAGGGGGACAGAUGAGUCAGGCCAGGAGAGAGGCAUCUUCCAGUAGGACCAGUCUGAUCUGAGUGCACUAAAUGUUCAGAAAUGCUCAGUGAAAGAGAGUUUUUGAGAAGAAAGACUGGAUGAAAUGUGUCAAGUUGAUACAAAAAUCAGGAAAAUCGUGUAGAAAUAACAAAAGAUAAGAAUAAAAACUGACAACCACUGAAUCAUCAGAAUUAAACAUUCACAGAACAAAAGACUGCUGUCAAAUAUCCUCAAUAUUUUAACAAGUGCACACUUUCUAUGUGCACUUUCACUCUCUGAGUACACAGUUUUACUGCAUCUGGGUAUUUACGGUUGUAAAUAAAGGCUCAGGAAGUGUAACAUGAAAUACAAACAUCACGGUGUUGGCUGUGUUUUGUGAGUUCUGUGUCACUGAGUAUAAGGCCAAGUGCUGCGAAAGUAUAUUUUAGAAUGAAUAAAUAAAGAAUUUAAAAAGAAUGAAUUUAUUUAUGACGUGUAUGUUUACAAAAAUCAGUUCAGACUAUACACGCAAACAUUCAGAAUGCAACAAGGAUGAUGGAGCUCAAAUAUAAUCAGCCAAUCAGGGAAUGCAAAUGUGAAUACUCAAGUGAUUGUUAAGUGCAAUCAGAUUUUCUCAUUUAGGAAGACAGCAUCAAUUUCCUUCUUUUUAAAUAUGUAAUUAUUGUAUUCUGUUCCACUUUGCAUACAGUUGGAUUUAUAAACAAUAUGUUAAUUAAAAACUAUUGUGAAUUUCAGCUUUAACAGUUUCUACACAGUAUAAAAGGAAGAAGUAGAGAUUCUGACAGGCAGCAUCAUCAGUUGAUGUAAAUAUAGACAGUUGUGAAGUAAACCAAGUGGAGCAAAAAUGUAAUACUUAUAACACAUACUCAUCUUGAGGUGUAGAGGUGGCACAAAUUAUCGACACUGCAAUACACUGUAUGAUUUCUUCUUGUGACACAUUAUUGAUACACUGGAACCAAACAUCAACAUUUUUUUAAAACAUGCAUUAACUCGCCACGGUCUCUUCUUCAGAGCUUCUAAUGGUGCAACCUGGGUCUGUUCAUCUCAAAUCAUCAGAGUCUUCUAAUCUGCUUGAAACUUUUUAAACAGCAACUAUGGAUAUUUGAAACGGUAUCUGUUAAAUUUCAGAGUGGUAUAUCAAAUAUUUAGAGAUAAAGGUUUUUGACAAUUGUCUGUCAACCGACUGCAUUUUUCACACGUUGAAACUGAAUUUUAUGUUUGAAUGACAAUAUCUUGGAAACUAAUAAAAGCAUGAAAUUAUUUUCAUUUAAUCCAUUUAUUUUUCAUCAUGCCACUGAUUCAGAAAAUGAAAUAGCUGCAAUAUCAGACAAGUAGAUCGAAUCAUCUCUGAUUAUGAAUGAGCUGAAAUAUGAAAACUGAAGAUGUCUCAAAAAGUUGUAUGUUUGAGCACACAUUAAAAAAAAUAUAUAGAAAAUCAGUGCUGAAGAAUACUAGUUAUAUUUACUGUGCUAUCUAGCAAUAUUUUGGAGUUUUCAUAUUAAAAAGUAUUCUAUAUUUUGCUUUUAUUAUCAUUUUUUGUGUGAAUGUGAGCUUAAAGAUUGGACAUUUAAUGAUGGCUUGAAUUUUUAAAAAAUUCUACUUGAACAUAAUUAGACACUAAUUGACCAACACUGCAGAUCCAAAAUCAGGGACAUGAUGAGAAAUACCAGUAAACACCUCAGACUUUUAUCUUUAACAGCUCCUGAGACAUUGUGAUUCAAACACAGCCUCAAUAUUUGAUGCACAAAAAAAAUGUGCUGCAAGUAGAUCAAAGAGCAAUUUUUAAAAACAUUUUGUCUCUAAACGUAUUUGAUAUGUCAAAUUCCAAUUAUUUUUCUUUCUUCAGUUACAUAGAUAUGAUGUAUUGUAACUGAUUAUCUUGCAAUGUGUCAUGUAUCGCAGAAUUGCUGUAUUGAAAUACCCUCAUCGUCGCUUUAAAUGUAUCGUAAUCCAGUGCGACUAAAAGCAUUGCUUGUCUCAGUCUAACGGAGUUUCCAUGGCUCUAAUCCAGUAUUCAAAUAACUCUGCUUUUUCCCCUCACUACAUUGAUCUAUAUGUUUCAUAAAAGAAACAUUGGCUCUUUCACAUUUUCCCUUCAUCAAACACCUACUGUGCACUUUCAGCAGUUUCCAAGCUAAGGGUUGGAACCCUUUCAAGAGGUCAUGAGAUAAAUCUUAUCAGAAAAUAAGUAAUUACAACAGUCAAAAAGAAAAAAGAAAUUCUGAUAAACAAAUUUUGUUUCCCUUAUUUGACUUUUCUUUACACUUUGCCAUUGUGUUAUCAUGUUUGUAGUUAUGUCUUUAAUUUUCAGGGGUCACAAGCCAGAAAGUUUUGGCAUUCCUGCUUCACUGUCAAUCAAAACCUCUCUGUAAGGGUUUUUGGUUUUAAAAUUGUAGCUUUAAACUGUUUUUGAGUUCAUCUAAUCACCCUAUAGUGAACUGAAGGUCAUCGUCACUGUCCUCCGUGUCCUCCGUGUCCAUCUGCACCUCCUCCUCUCUGUCUCUAUCUGCUCUGUCUUUCUCGCUGGCCUGGAUGUAGUUAUCCUCAAUGAAGCCGUCGUCGUCGUCAUCUGGCUCACCCUGGGUCCCUCCAAUCACUCCCAUUCGGCCCGACACGCUGUUUGGAUAAGACACCUCCUCUUGACCAUACUGGCUGACUCCAUCAGUCUCCUGGAGGAGGGAGUGUCUAUAGCUGGCCAGGAAGCGAUGGAAGAGGCGAAACUUCACCACCAUCACGAUGAGGAGGGAGAUGGUGAGGACUGUGCCGAGUGCUCCUGCCAGAUAGGACCAUUCCAGAGACUUUGGGGUUGGGCCUGUUUCAGCUGAACAAAACAUCAGGGACAAAAUGCACUGUAUAAAGCCAUAAUGCUUCCAGUGAAGUGAAGCGUUACUGAGUACAAAGGUCCUCAAACACACCCACUUGUAAAUACUAAGAAGCUGGUAAAAUUGUGUAACAGUUUUUCUCAGUCGCUUUGGUACAUUUCUCAGAUCAGAAUUGAAAUUCUCAAAACCACUUGUUCAAUCUUCACAUCAUUGUGUCACUUGUGCACAUCAAAAAAGCAGUUUCUCAUUUCUAUGAACAAGUUGCAAAUGCUUUGGUCCAUCCAUGCAAAUGACUAUAUACAUUUCUCUGCUGUUUCCUAUAAUAUCAAUUGCUUAUUUCAUGUUGAUCUAAAUGUAUUAUAAGGGGUCUCUGUUGAAUAGUCUCACCCUCCACAACAUUUAGACAUUAGUUCAUCACAUAAGUCUUUACAUGCAAAAUGGUUGAACAAGUUGUCAGAAUAUGUCAAGGAUAUUUCUGUACAUUUCCAUUAGACUUUUUUUCUAAAUCUAUCCUGAAUUGGUAAAUUGCUCCCAGGUGAAUGUUGACUUUCUCUACAAAGGGAAAUGUGUGAAGGUUUGGGUUUUCUGAAAUCACUCAAGGACACAAGAGAAGAUAUUGAUGAUGUGGAUGAGAAUUUGUGUCCCAACAGACAGGAACAUCAGGAGGUGUAGGAAGACUGUACUGUAAUUCCUACAGCACUGCAUGUACAGUUUUCCCUGAGGAGAUUAUCCUAUAUUCACAUUGUUGCUUUUGUUUUCUUGUUUUUUUCUUUGUGCUAUGCAGCUGUUUUCCUUUCUGUAUCACAAUGACGUAGUCUGUCAACAAAUUACAAUACAAACAGUAAAAGCGUAAAUGUGAA